AUGGCAUCCAAGGCUAGAGACUGGGCCGACGACGACGAGGGCGACGACAUCGUAGUAGAAUUACCUCCUCCCCAAACCAUCCAGAACAAAGACGGCACCAAGACCACCAUCACCUACCGAUACAACGAGAACGGGCAAAAAGUCAAGACGACCCGACGGAUCCGUCUAGUCACUCAUCGCGAGGUCGUCAACCCGCGCGUCGCCGAGCGCAAGACAUGGCAGAAAUUCGGACUUUCGGAAAAAGACGGAGCAGGCCCGCAGAUGGACACGACGUCGGUAGGCGAGAACAUCAUCUUCAGGCUGAGCACGAACUGGCGUAAGGACACCAAAGAGGAGGCUAAGGACCCCAACGCCAACGCCAUGAAGGAGAAGCUCAAGGACAAGACGGUCAAGUGCCGUAUCUGCAACGGCGAACAUUUCACCGCCCGGUGUCCGUACAAGGACACCAUGGCUCCGGUCGGUGCCGAGGGCGCCGCCGACGUCGCUGCUGGUAUGGGAGACGAGCCUUCGGCGAAUGCGGCCGGUACUCCUGGCGCUGGCAAGAAGGGCAGUUAUGUCCCGCCGGCGCUGCGGGGAGAUCGUGGCGCGGCUGGUGGCGAGAGGAUGGGCGGUGGAAAGUAUGGCAGCGAGCGGGACGAUCUUGCUACGCUGCGUGUGACAAACGUCUCGGAAAUGGCAGAAGAGAACGAGCUCCGCGACAUGUUCGAGCGGUUCGGUCGCGUUACGCGCGUGUUCCUAGCCAAGGACCGCGAGACGGGGCUUGCCAAGGGUUUCGCGUUCAUCAGCUUCGCGGACCGCAGCGACGCCGUCAAGGCGUGCAGCAAGAUGGACGGCUACGGUUUCAAGCAUCUUAUCUUGCGCGUCGAGUUUGCUAAGAAGGCUGCUUAG